UAUGAGGAAAUAUUUGAGAGUAUGUUUUUAUUUUGACCAACAAAUGAACAAAACUUUCAGGGAACAAAUGCUUCCUACAUUCUGAAACAGUUGCUUUAAUCAGUUAUAAAGUCUAGUUAAACAAGCAUGGUAUGGGUUUGUUGUCCCCUACGAUGAAAUUGGGGAGGGGACUACAGAUCAGUCUGUCCGUUCGUAAGUUUGUUGGUAAAUUAGUAACACAUGAUAUCUCAGACAGCACUGGUAAGAUUUUGACAAAGCUUGGGUUAAUGAUUAGUCUUACCAUACAAAUUUGGCAUUUACAAAAUGACACUAAUUGGCCCAAGACAGAAGAUAUGGUAAUUAACUGCAAUUUGUUGGUCACCCGCGAUAUGUCAAUUGGCACAAGAGGGGGUAGUGCAUCAUUCUUGGGGGACGACAUGUUUACUGUUGCCUUGUUUUUACAUGGUUGACUUUAGCCUCCUAUUGUUCUGUUUUGAAUUCAAAAGUAUGAUGUUAGUAUGAUGUUAAAUGUGAGGUGAGUAGACUGUUGAGUGUAGUGCUUUACAUCAAGCUGUCUCUUCAUCUUGAAUACAAUGAUUAACACAUCUAGCAUCGAGUAUAGAAAUGUCAUGUUCCAAAUUAUUGAACUGCAGGGAAAGGUGAAAUGAGAGAGGAAGUACUUCAUGUGAGCAAUUUUGCUCCGUUAAAGCUGCAGUAGGUAAGUCUGUAGAAAUCAGACUUUGCUGGCAAUAGUCCAUCAAGGUAGCUGGAAGGUUGUCGAUUUUCAAAGUUGGUGACUGGUGCUAUCUCGACAAAAAACUGGCUUUGUUCAGUCACUUUACCAACUGAUCCUGAUCAGCUGAUCCUGUGUAAUAUGUGUUCAGGUGAGUGACUAAACACAGGCUUCUCUAGCUAGCUCUGCUGAUCCUGUGUAAUAUGUGUUCAGGUGAGUGACUAAACACAGGUUUCUCUAGCUAGCUCUGCUGAUCCUGUGUAAUAUGUGUUCAGGUGAGUGACUAAACACAGGUUUCUCUAGCUGGCUCUGCUGAUCCUGUGUAAUAUGUGUUCAGGUGAGUAACUAAACACAGGUUUCUCUAGCUAGCUCUGCUGAUCCUGUGUAAUAUGUGUUCAGGUGAGUGACUAAACACAGGCUUCUCUAGCUAGCCCUGCUGAUCCUGUGUAAUAUGUGUUCAGGUUAGUGACUAAACACAGGCUUCUCUAGGUAGCUCUGCUGAUCUUGUGUAAUAUGUGUUCAGGUUAGUGACUAAACACAGGCUUCUCUAGCUAGCUCUGCUGAUCUUGUGUAAUAUGUGUUCAGGUGAGUGACUAAACACAGGUUUCUCUAGCUAGCUCUGCUGAGCCUGUGUAAUAUGUGUUCAGGUGAGUGACUAAACACAGGUUUCUCUAGCUAGCUCUGCUGAGCCUGUGUAAUAUGUGUUCAGGUGAGUGACUAAACACAGGCUUCUCUAGCUAGCUCUGCUGAGCCUGUGUAAUAUGUGUUCAGGUGAGUGACUAAACACAGGCUUCUCUAGCUAGCUCUGCUGAUCCUGUGUAAUAUGUGUUCAGGUGAGUGACUAAACACAGGCUUCUCUAGCUAGCUCUGCUGAUCCUGUGUAAUAUGUGUUCAGGUGAGUGACUAAACACAGGUUUCUCUAGCUAGCUCUGCUGAUCCUGUGUAAUAUGUGUUCAGGUGAGUAACUAAACACAGGUUUCUCUAGCUAGCUCUGCUGAUCCUGUGUAAUAUGUGUUCAGGUGAGUGACUAAACACAGGCUUCUCUAGCUAGCUCUGCUGAUCCUGUGUAAUAUGUGUUCAGGUGAGUGACUAAACACAGGCUUCUCUAGCUAGCUCUGCUGAUCCUGUGUAAUAUGUGUUCAGGUGAGUGACUAAACACAGGCUUCUCUAGCUAGCUCUGCUGAUCCUGUGUAAUAUGUGUUCAGGUGAGUGACUAAACACAGGCUUCUCUAGCUAGCUCUGCUGAUCCUGUGUAAUAUGUGUUCAGGUGAGUGACUAAACACAGGCUUCUCUAGCUAGCUCUGCUGAUACUGUGUAAUAUGUGUUCAGGUGAGUGACUAAACACAGGUUUCUCUAGCUAGCUCUGCUGAUCCUGUGUAAUAUGUGUUCAGGUGAGUAACUAAACACAGGUUUCUCUAGCUAGCUCUGCUGAUCCUGUGUAAUAUGUGUUCAGGUGAGUGACUAAACACAGGCUUCUCUAGCUAGCCCUGCUGAUCCUGUGUAAUAUGUGUUCAGGUUAGUGACUAAACACAGGCUUCUCUAGCUAGCUCUGCUGAUCUUGUGUAAUAUGUGUUCAGGUUAGUGACUAAACACAGGCUUCUCUAGCUAGCUCUGCUGAUCUUGUGUAAUAUGUGUUCAGGUGAGUGACUAAACACAGGUUUCUCUAGCUAGCUCUGCUGAGCCUGUGUAAUAUGUGUUCAGGUGAGUGACUAAACACAGGCUUCUCUAGGUAGCUCUGCUGAGCCUGUGUAAUAUGUGUUCAGGUGAGUGACUAAACACAGGCUUCUCUAGCUAGCUCUGCUGAUCCUGUGUAAUAUGUGUUCAGGUGAGUGACUAAACACAGGCUUCUCUAGCUAGCUCUGCUGAUCCUGUGUAAUAUGUGUUCAGGUGAGUGACUAAACACAGGCUUCUCUAGCUAGCUCUGCUGAUCCUGUGUAAUAUGUGUUCAGGUGAGUGACUAAACACAGGCUUCUCUAGCUAGCUCUGCUGAUCCUGUGUAAUAUGUGUUCAGGUGAGUGACUAAACACAGGCUUCUCUAGCUAGCUCUGCUGAUCCUGUGUAAUAUGUGUUCAGGUGAGUGACUAAACACAGGCUUCUCUAGCUAGCUCUGCUGAUCCUGUGUAAUAUGUGUUCAGGUGAGUGACUAAACACAGGCUUCUCUAGCUAGCUCUGCUGAUCCUGUGUAAUAUGUGUUCAGGUGAGUGACUAAACACAGGCUUCUCUAGCUAGCUCUGCUGAUCCUGUGUAAUAUGUGUUCAGGUGAGUGACUAAACACAGGCUUCUCUAGCUAGCUCUGCUGAGCCUGUGUAAUAUGUGUUCAGGUGAGUGACUAAACACAGGCUUCUCUAGGUAGCUCUGCUGAGCCUGUGUAAUAUGUGUUCAGGUGAGUGACUAAACACAGGCUUCUCUAGCUAUUCAUAUUUAUUGUUGCAUGUUCAUGUUGGAUUUAUACUAUAUUAUCACUGGGAUUAAUUUGACUCAGAUUUGCAGAUGUUUUACGACAGUAUGAUGUUUAGUUGUUCCCAUAAAGUAGAAUUUUGAGUGUAGUGCUUUAUACCAAGCUUUCCUUUUCCUCUUGAUUUGACUAACACAACUAGUAUUUCAUGCUGAAAUUACAGAUUCUAAAUUGUUACAUUCCGGUAAAAUAAAAUACUUACCUUUCUGAAACCACUUGAAAUCGAGAUAAAGUUUCGAUUUACAUUCAGAAAUGAAGUUUUAAUUAUUAACAGUCAUAUUUUAGGAAUGACUUGACUAAAUAUGAAUGUUAGACUUAAUUGGACAUACUGUAUACUUUAAAAGUUUGACAGACCCUGUUCUAUAUUAGACAUUGUCAUAAUAUCUUAAUUCAUACCUGUAAAUACUGCAGCCUGUCUUAAAGAUUAUUGUAUUAUAUUAUAAUAUAUUAUUGAAUACCUGUGAAUACUGUAGCCUGUGUCCUAAACAAUUCUGUUCUAUAUUAAUUCAAUUAUAUCUUUAUUCUUUCAGAUAUUUAAAAGCAGAAACUUUGUUUGGAGAGGUUACUUGACGCACGCACACGCACACACCCUCAACAUGGCAACCACACUGAAACUAAUAGGUGGUCAAGGAGGCAGUCCAUUUGAAUUCCACGGCAUGAACAACGGUGCCACCCUCAAGAAGAUCGGAGUGGCGGUGGGAGGCUCGCAGGUGAAAGCUGUGCGGGUAGAGCUGACCGACGGGAAAGGAGCGACUUUUGGAGAUGCAAACACUUUCAAUGAGUUUGAGUUCAACCUCGGCGAGCGCAUCACCAAGCUGUCUCUGUGGGGUAACGGCGCCGGCACACGUCUGGGUGCUAUCAAGUUCACGACGAGUGAGAACCGGGAGUUCUUUGAAAAAAUGACCAGCUGGGGACUGAAGACUGAGUACACCAUAGAUGUGGGGUCUGGAAUCUGCCUGGGGCUGCAGGGAGGGUAUGGCUCAGACAUUGACUGCAUGGGCUUUCUCUUCAUCAACACCAUCAAGUCGUCCGUGCUGACUGACAUGAAGUAUCCCACCCUGUCCCUCUUCAAACCCCAGGUGACCCCAGAAUAUGUGAAAUCCCUGUCUCACCACAACGACACCUCAUUGGUUCAAGAAGAGUCCAUUACAUACAGCAAGACACUGACCAAGACUUCCUCCUGGUCCGUCAGCAACAAGAUAGAAUCCACCUUGAGUGUGUCGGUCAAAGCAGGGAUCCCGGAUCUGGUCGAGGUGACAUCAGGGUUCAGCUUGACCGUGGGAGUGGAGCAAUCCACCAGCCUGCAGAAGACAGAGACCAUAACAGAAUCGGAUACCAUCAACCUGAAGAUCCCGCCAGGGAAGACCAUGGAUGUUGAGAUCACAGUGGGGAGAGCAAAUAUCGACCUUGACUACGAGGCCAAAGUGAAAGUCACCUGCAUGAACGGCAGUCAGCUGGUCUUCCCAUCCAACGGCAUCUACACUGGUGUUACUUACACUUCAGCGAGGGUAUCCACAAAGGAGAGAUAAUAAGUACAGUGAUUGAAUUAACUAAUUAUUUGUGUGCCUUUUCUGUUUCUAUGAUCAUCUGUGAGUGAUUAUUAUUGAACCCAGCUGACUCAGCUCUUUCUUUCUGUCUCAGCAGAGGGUUUAACAACAGGUGGGUCAUUCCUACAAUACGGUGCCUUUGUGUUCCAUGACAUGUUCCCACACACUACCGGUCAAAAGUUUUAGAACACCUACUCAUUCAAGGGUUUUUCUUUAUUUUGACUUUUUUCUACAUUGCAGAAUAAUAGUGAAGACAUAAACUAUGAACUAACACAUAUGGAAUCAUGUAGUAACCCAAAAGGUGUUAAACAAAUCAAAAUAGCCAACCUUUGCCUUAUUGACAACUUUGCACACUCUUGGCAUUCUCUCAACCAGCUUCAUGAGGUAGUCACCUGGAAUGCAUUUCAAUUAACAGGUGUGCCUUCUUAAAAGUUAAAUUGACUAUUUCACCAAGAAGGAGAGUGAUGGAGUGUUGCAUCAGAUGACCUGGCCUCCACAAUCACCUGACCUCAACCAUAUGAUUCCGUAUGUGAUUUUUCACAGUGUUGGUGGCUUCACUAUUAUUCUACAAUGUAGAAAAUUGUCAAAAUGAGUAGGUGUUCUAAAACACUUGAAUGAGUAGGUGUUCUAAAACACUUGAAUGAG